AUGGAAGACAAGGUUUGUCAGAAGAAAAAAGUUUAUGAUGAACUAUUGGCGUCUGAGCAGAGCUACGCUGACCAUUUAGAUCUGUUGAUUCGGAAUUUCGUCGAUCCGCUUCUACGGGGCGGCUUCGUGUCCUCCCAUGAAAUCAGCUGCGUCUUCGGGGACAUCAAGUCAAUCCGGGUGAUCAGUCGACUGAUUCUUGACCGGCUGCAGUGUAGUUCGGACAUUGUCCACGUGUUCGACGGACUCGUGCCAUUUUUCAAGUUUUACUUGCCUUACGCAAGAAACUACCCUUCGUCACAACAGCGUUUGGAGUGGCUACGGUCGAAGAACUCAAAGUUCAACGAGUUCUGUUGCCAGCGUGAGUGUCUCCCAGAACUGAAAGGCCUGAAACUACCCGCGUUGUUAAUCACUCCUAUUCAAAGGAUCCCACGUUAUGGACUGUUGUUGGAAAGCUAUUGCAAGCUUACCGAUGAACAGAGUGGCGAACGUCGCAACGUCGAAAACUUGCUUCAGCAAAUAGACGAUAUGAUAAAACUGAUCGAGCAACAGGUCGAAGACCAUGAAAACUCCACCAAAGUGAUCGCCAUACAAAAGGGUCUCGACAAAUUAACGCCAAACUUGGUGUCCCCCGGUCGUCGGUUUCUGAAAGAGGGUACUUUGAGUAAGAUGUGCCGGCCAAACAACGUCUUCCACGUACGCAUGUUCUGGCUUUUUACCGACAUGUUGGUUUACGGCAAGCGAAAGUCACGAAAUAGCAGUAAAUACUCAUGCUCUGGGGUCAUCCCACUAAAUCACUGUUGCGUCAAGAAGAGCUUGAACAAAAACGUAUUCAGACUGGUGUGCAAGGAUAAAGUGCUUUUCCUCAGUUCCGAGCAUUACGCAGAUCUCAGUGAAUGGAUGGAUGCAAUCGACGGAGCGAUACAGUAA